AUGGGGAAGAUGGGAGGAAGGAUGGGGAAAGGAUGGGGAGGGGGAAGAGCUGUUUCCGUUUCCGCCGUCCUCAAUUACGGCUUCUUUUCUGUUCUGUCAAACGACCUCAUUUCCCAGGUGUACGUGACCUCAGGAGCGAAGGACAAGGUGAAAGAGAAGGAGCCGCUGGUGGAAGCGCUGACGACCCCGAAGGCGCCCGCCCCGACCUCGAAGGCUCCCGCCCCGACCUCCCCGCCGCCCGCGCCGUCGGAGGCGAGGUCGAGCGACGUGACCUCGCUCACGCCGUCCUCCACGGUGACCCAGCGCUUCCAGGGUGAGGUCAACACGGGAAGAGUCCCGGAGGACUUUGCGGCCGCGGGGUCGCAGAUUCACAACAGCGAGGUGGUGCUCCUCGGAGACGAUGGAGUCUACACGAACGGCCUGACGGGGGAGAAGGGAACCGGAGGCGACUGGAACUUCCGAGGACCGGGGAUCGGGAACGCUCUCGGGUGGACCGACCGGGGCUCCUACACCCGGCGACUCAACAUGACCCGUGUCGAACACAUCGAAGCCGAGUGCCAGGACGACUUCAUGAAGCUCUACGUCCGCUUCAACGGCACCUUCGCCGGCCUCAUCUACAGCUCCGGCUACAGCUACGACCCCGACUGCAUCUACAUCAACGGCACCGGCCGAACCGCCUACGAAUUCUACAUCCAGCUCAACCGCUGCGGCACUCUCGGCGGGAACAACCACAAUCAGGUGGACAAGAGCCGAUCCACCCCGACUAAGAACUUCAUGUGGAACACGGUGACGGUGCAGUACAACUCCAUGAUCGAGGAGGAAUGGGACGAGCACUUCAAGGUCACCUGCGAGUACGGCUACGACUUCUGGAAGACGGUCACCUUCCCCAUGCUGGACGUCCACAUGCAGAACGCAGUGGAGCGGCCAAAGCCAAAGCCAAUUCCAAAGCCAAAGCCGGGCGAAGGAUUCCUCCAAGGGGAAUCCCAGAUUCAGGAACCCCACGAACAGGAAUCCCAGGUUGAGAAUAAGGAAUCUCCCUUACAGGAAUCCCCCUCCACCCCGAAAUGGGUGGCGACGGGGAACCCGGUCGUCUUCACGCUCACGCCGCCGGAGUGCUUCAUGGAGAUCCGCUACGGGUACGGGACGAACGGGAACCGGAUCACGGGGCCCGUCCGCGUCGGCGACCCCCUCACUCUCGUCAUCUUCAUGCGGUCCCAAUACGAGGGCUUCGACAUCGUGGUGAACAACUGCUACGCCCACAACGGAGCCAACAAACGGAUCCCCCUCAUCGACCGACUCGGGUGCCCGGUGGACGAGAAGCUGAUCAGCAGCUUCCAGGGAACGUGGUCCAACGAUGGCGUCUACGAGACCCAGGUCUACGCCUACCUGAAGGCCUUCCGGUUCACGGGGAGCCCUGCGCUCUACUUGGAGUGCGAGGUCCGGAUGUGCCACGGAUACUGUCCCUCUCAGCCGUGCCAUUGGCGAUCGGCGGGGAGACGCCGACGUUCCAUCCUGGAGGGAGAGGACGCGAGGAUCAUCGAGGGAGACUCGUUGGAACUGGACGGAGAGAACGGGACGCUGUCCGAGACGCUCAGCCUCUUCCAGGCCCUCGAGGUCCUCAAGGACGCUGUCAUCCCAGCGCAAGGGCAGUCCGCCAACUCCUCCACCUCCUCGGAUGCCACGAGAGGUAUGGGGAGUGGAUGUGGGGUUGAUUGGGGGAGGAUGGUUGUGGAUGUGGGGUUGAUUGGGGUAGGAUGGUUGUGGAUGAGGGGUAGACGAGGGGUUGAUUGGGGUCUGUGUGUUGCAGAAGUGCUGCGGGAUCCGGAGACGUUCUGUCUGAAGACAGGGAUCUUCACUGCUCUCUGUGGAGCGGCGGGGCUACUGGUGCUGCUCCUGUCGACGAUCUCGUGCUGCCUCUGCGUCCGCCUGCGGCGGUCCAGCAAGGACUCGGACGACCGCCUGGAACGGGCAGCCGACUUCGUGCCGCCGUCGAAGCGCCGCCUUCGCUGA